AUGAUGCCACAUGCUAAAAUGGCCCCGAAGGCAGUACGAAAGCCGACUGCCGAGAAGAAAGUUGGAGCUGCUUCUCGCACAACCUCGACUACUAGAACAAAGGCUUCGCUAGGCGACAAGAAGAAGGAACAAGUAAUCAAACCUCAAGAGACUGAAAACGUUGCUCCAGAGAAGGUAGAGGAGAUCGUUGAAUCGUUAAUCUCGUCAGUGAUUUCGAACGUUGAAGCCGAAUUCGUUGAGAACACACAGAAUCUGGAAAUCGACCCUGCAAAUAGAAGACGUUCGUCAGAACCACAGCAACGAUCAGAGGACGACAGCGCUGCCGAGGAGAGACGUCGUCGCAUCGGAAGAGGCGAUUCGGAAGCCCAGCUCGAAGAGAUUCUUCAACACAUCUUUACUGCACCAACAAACGUUACAAUUCCUACGAGAAAGAAAAGCGCUACAAUAACUCCUGCGAAAAAUACUGCACCCGGUUCUGUCGUCGAAAUCGCCCAGGCCAAUGAAGGUGGAGAACAAUCAAGCAUCUCACCAGAAAGCAACCAAGACCGCCUCGAAGCCAGCGAAUCCUAUGAAAUCCUCGAUGAAAGCUGCUCCCAAAAAAGCUGA